AGCAGAAGCAUUGAAAGCUGUCAGAGAGGAACCAUGGUCACCAUCUCUGAACCGGACCCUGGACUCUCUGAGGAACCUGAGGACACGUCUUUGGACCGGAGGGAGCGCAGGAAGAGAAGAUUUGCUGAUAGAGCAAUGAAGAAGGCUAAGUUCAGAAGCCGUGGAAGCCCUCAGAGAGCACCCAUGGUCACCAUCUCUGAACCGGACCCUGGACCCUCUGAGGAACCUGAGAACACGCCUUUGAACCGGGAGGAGACCAGAAAGCGAAGAUUUGCUCUAUGGUUGCUCAUCACUGUCAUUGUGAGCCUCGGACUGCUGAGUAUUGUCCUCAUCUCCCUGCACUUCAACUCACCGUCACCUUGGAGGGAGGGGAGAGAGCACUUACUGGAUGAACUCGGUCCAGUUUCUAUUUCAAUGACGCCCACGGAGGAGGAGGAGGAGUCUCCCAGCAUCACAGAGUUCCACUCCUCUACCCACGUGUUGCCCGUGCGCCAAACGGCCCGCUAUACCUGCCACGCCGGCGGAACGCCGGAGCCCACCGUCGAGUGGCUCCACAACGGCAGGCCCCUGGAGAGGAACGGCACAGACGACCAAUCAGAGGCCUGGGUGGAGAGGGGCUUCCUCUUCGUCAGAGGUGUGAGGUAUGGCGUGAACACGGUCUGCUGCAUGGCGAGCAACAGCGCUGGCACGGCCAAUCACACUGCUGAGCUGCUUGUCUUUGAUGCCUGUGAACUCACACUGGACCCGAAGGUGGGGAACAGCUUCCUCUCUCUGUCUGAGGACAACAAGAACGUCACCCUGGUUGAAGAGGCCCGGUCGUACCUGGAUCACCCAGAGAGAUUUAACUCCCUGCUCCAGGUGUUGGGUAGAGAAGCUCUGAGUGGCCGCUGUUACUGGGAGGUGGAGUGGAAAGGACGUGUUAAUAUAGGAGUGGCAUACAGAAUAGUCCCAAGGCAAGGGGUGGGUCGUGGAAGACAGCUUGGAGGGAACAAGUUCUGGAUUCUUUAUUGUCGUCAUGAUCGUUACACUGCGGUGCACACCGGUGAAAUAGCCAUACCUCUCCCCCCGGCUGGCUCUACCAGAGUGGGAGUGUAUCUGGACCGGCCUGCUGGCACCCUGUCCUUCUACAGAGUGUCCCCAGGUGGAGGAGGGUCGUCAGACACACUGACACACAUCCACACCUUCCAGGCCUCCUUCACCAGGGACCUCAUCCCUGUGAUUGGGUUACUGUGGGAGUUGGGGGUUGGUGGUGCCUCAGCGUCUCUGUAUCGGUUGUAGAAAAAGAACGGACGGAUGGGCGAACGGGCGCACACAAACACACACACACACACACACACACACACACACACACACACACACACACACACACACACACACACACACACACACACACACAAACACACACACACAAACACACACACACACACACACACACACACACACACACACACACACACACACACACACACACACACACACACACACUAGUUAGAGUAUUUGAGGCUUUUGAUGAAGGGGCUUUGGAUGCCUGAGAGGACUGAUGACUCAGUGUCUCUGUGGCAGUUAUAGUCUCUGUCUCUCUCUCUUUUUCUCUCUCUCCAUCCCUCUCGCUCUCUUUCUCUCUCUUUCUUUCUCCUUCCUGCUG